AUGGUCAAUGGUCUCUGCACCUUGAAGAGAAAUUAUUCCAGCGGGUACUACCAGGAUGGAGAUGCGGUGAUUGGAGGACUCCUCUCUCUGGAUAUGAUUGCGAAUAAUAUUGGAAUAUUUGAGGACAUCACAGAACCACCGUCUUUCCUUCCUGAUACCGCAGAAUACUUCACUAAACACUACCAGCAUCUCCUGGCCCUGGUGUUUGCCGUGGAGGAGAUCAACAAGGACCUCAGCCUGUUACCCAAUAUUUCCCUGGGCUUCCACAUCUUUAACGUCCACUUCCUGGGUACGAUCACAGCCGAGAGUACCAUGGCUCUACUCUCGGGGAAAGCCGAGACGGUCCCCAACUACAGCUGUGAACCGGAGCAGCGGGACAAACUGCUGGCCGUCAUAGGAGGGAUGACUUCAGUGGUGACCACGACAGGCUCCUGGCUCCUGGGACUCCAUAAGCACCCUCAGAUCUCCUACGGCCCAGAGGACCCCAAUCUCAGAGAUAAGACCCUCUUCCCGUCUCUCUAUCAGAUCUCUGAGAGUUCUUUGGCUCUGCCCUCGGGGAUGGUCCGUCUCAUGAAACAUUUUCACUGGGUCUGGAUCGGCCUCCUGGUCUCCGAUGACAUUCGAGGGGAGACGUUUGCCGCUGUCCUAAUGGAAGAGAUGGCCAAGAAUGGAAUCUGUGUGGCUUAUGUUCAAAGACGCUCAAUAAAUGUCGGAGUCAUCGUCGUCCAGUUUAACGAGGGUUCCGCCCUCACCUUCUACUGCGUCCUGGGCUAUGUGGGGCUCCUGACCAUGGCCAGCCUUCUGGUAGCCUUACUGGCCAGGAAGCUGCCAGACAGCUUCAGUGAGGCCAAUUCGGGCAGGGAUGAAUUUAGAGACCACUGCAGUUUCCCUCUUCUCCUACUCGCGCAGACCCCCCGCUCCGUGUGUAGCGAGAGCUGCCGGCCGGGAUUUAGGAAAACAGCUCGGGAAGGGAAAGCCUCCUGCUGCUACGACUGCGUGCCCUGUGCCAAGGGAGAGAUCAGCAACCAGACCGAUGUGGAGCAAUGCAUCAAGUGCCCCAAAGAUGAAUUUCCAAAUCCUCAAAGAGAUCAGUGUGUCCCGAAAACCGUGGUCUUCCUUUCCUACAAGGAGCCUCUGGGAAUGAUUCUGGUGUCCUUAGCCCUCUGUUUCUCUCUCCUCACCGCUCUGGUUUGGGGGGUCUUCAUCCGCCACCGGGACACCCCCGUAGUGAAAGCUAACCACCGUGGUCUCAGUUACACCCUCCUCGCGGCCCUCCUACUCUGCUUCCUGUCCUCCUUGACCUUCGUCGGCCUCCCCAGCCUGGCCACCUGCCUCCUGCGACAGAUAACCUUCGGAAUCACCUUCUCCUUGGCCGUUUCCUCCGUGUUGGCCAAGACGGUCACCGUGGUCCUGGCCUUCAGGGCCACUGGGCUGGGGAGCGGGAUCAGGAGAUGGCUGGGGCCCAGGGUGCCUUCCUCCAUCGUCUGCGUCUGCUCCCUGGUACAAGUGGGCAUCUGCACAGUCUGGCUGGGGACCUUCCCACCGUUCCCCGACGCAGACAUGGUAUCCGAGGCCGGUGCCAUUGUAGUCCAGUGCAAUGAGGGCUCUGCUGUCGCCUUCUACUGCGUCCUGGGCUACAUGGGGCUUCUGGCCCUGGUCAGCCUCACGGUGGCCUUCCUGGCCCGGAACCUGCCGGACAGCUUCAACGAGACCAAGUUCAUCACGUUCAGCAUGCUGGUAUUCUGCAGCGUCUGGGUCUCCUUCCUGCCCACCUACCUGAGCACCAGGGGCAAGGCCAUGGUGGCCGUGGAGGUCUUCUCCAUCCUAACCUCCAGUGCCGGGCUCCUCGGCUGCAUCUUCGGGCCCAAGGUCUACGUGAUCCUGCUGAGGCCGGACAGGAACACAAAACGGCGGAUCCUGGGGAGGCAGGGGAAUCCUUAA